AUGAUGCAGUCAUUCCAAGUUGUUUCCUACUUGACUGAAUCCAAUGUUCGAGUUGGGCGCUUUCUGGCUGCAGAUGACGAUCGGGGAUUUGGUGGUAUCUGGUUGAAUUUGAACCAUUCGCCUACUCGCCUGUUGCCAUGUGGCACAUCUGUCGACAAAGAACUCGACAUUGGACGGAAAAAUAGAGACCACCAGAUGUUGGGAAAUGCCUUCCGACGAUGUCUAGGAUCAAGAGCGACAUUUUCAAACCAGCGACACGAUUCUUCUUUAAUUCAAGCUGGCAGCAAGGGUGUGACCUUCGUUGUGACCGAUCGACAUCCGCGCAUCUUGUAA